UUAUACAAUUUUGUAAAUAAGUGAUUUUUCUCCUUCACUGAUGUGCGCUAAUGAGACUGCAGUGAUGGGCACUGAUAGGCUGCACUGAUGGACACUGAUAGGUGGCACUGAUUGGCAGCACUGAUAGGUGGCACUGAUUGGCAUUGAUAGGUGGCACUGACUGGCACUGAUGGGUGACAUUGAAAGGCAGCUCAGAUGGGCACUGAUAUGUGGCAUUGAUGUGCACUGGUAUGCACUGAUAUGUGACAUUGAUGUGGCACUGAUGGACACUGACAGGUGGCACUUCUGGGGCUACACUGAUCAUCAGGGCACACUGAUCAUCACUGUCAGCGUGACAGCUCGAGAGGAGAGAAAGGCUGAUAACCGGCAUUUCUGUGUUUACAUGUGAUCAGCUGUGAUUGGACACAGCUGAUCACAUGACCGAGCCGACAUCUUUGGC